AUGACUUCCACUCAAAGCUACUCGCCAGAAGAGACGCGCGACGUCGACAAGCUGACCUCGUCUCUUGCUGGUCUUCCUUCUCCUACCAUUGCCGUGCAAUCGCACGAUGAUGCCACUCAUGAUACCCGAUCCAUUGACGUUCACAUUGCCUCUCAACCGAAAUCGCGCGUGCGGUAUAAGAGCCCAAUCCGCCAACAUCGUCGGACCCCCUCCCAGCAUCGGGAGAUCAAGGAGACGCUUGAUGCGCGGACUCAAUACGCCAGCGAUGAGACGGAUGGUCGAGUGCAUCACCGCAUCAACCAAUAUGUAAUUCAGAGAGAGAUUGGUCGCGGCUCUUAUGGUGCCGUGCACCUAGCCACUGACCAUAACGGUAGAGAUUUCGCCGUCAAGGAAUUCUCCAAGGCUCGCUUACGCCGCCGCGAAAGAUCGAACAUUCUCCGCCAGGGCCCUCGCACUCCAAUGCGCAUCAACGACCGAAGGAGUCUGAAUGCGCCUUUGUCCCCUCACUUUUCCGAUUUCGUCGCCGCCGCUCAUGAAUCCCGGAACGACGCCCUGUAUCUGAUACGAAAGGAGAUUGCCAUUAUGAAGAAGUUGAACCAUCCUAACUUGGUCCAGCUCAUUGAGGUUCUCGAUGAUCCCGAGGAAGACUCGUUGUAUAUGGUCCUCGAGAUGUGUAAGAAGGGUGUAGUGAUGAAAGUUGGCCUCGGGGAGAAGACGACUCCUUACCCGGAGAAUACGUGCAGGACAUGGUUCAGAGAUUUGAUAUUAGGUAUCGAAUAUUUACACCGCCAAGGAGUUAUCCAUCGAGACAUCAAACCGGACAACCUCCUACUCUCUGACGACGACGACGCUCUAAAGAUUGUCGACUUCGGCGUAUCGGAAAUGUUUGAAAAAUCGGAUGAGAUGCGUACCGCUAAGCACGCUGGCUCACCCGCCUUCUUACCUCCAGAGCUCUGUGUUGCGAGGCAUGGCGAUGUUUCGGGUCGGGCCGCAGACAUAUGGUCCAUGGGCGUGACUCUCUAUUGCCUACGCUAUGGAAAACUCCCAUUCGAGAAGAUUAACGUGCUGGAUAUGUACGAGUCCAUAAGGAAUGACGAGCCCGAGUUCCCCCCAGACGAGGAUCCCGACUUUUUGGACUUGAUGCAUAGGCUAUUGGAGAAGGAUCCGGAGAAGAGGAUUCAGAUACCUGAGCUUCGGGUGCACCCGUGGGUGACCAACUACGGCAAUGCCAUGCUGCUCUCUGUCGAAGAGAACUGUGCCGAUCCGGUCGAACCGCCCAAUGAAAUCGAAUUGAACCGCGCGCUGACGAGGAAGAUGAACCAUUUGCUCUGCGUUAUGAAAGUCAGAUACAAGCUCAAGCUCCUCGUGGCACGCAGACGAGCCGCCAACAAGACUUCCGCCUCACCUUCAUCUUCACCCCCACCCCCACCCUCUAACACCGAUAUCCCCAACGCCGAGGAAAUUCAAGCCCUCAUCGCUCAGCGCAACUCCUUCCGCAAGGAGAGAACCCUGCCCCUUACCGUUAGCACGUCUCCGGAUGCCGAACCCCUCUACCUAGGUGUCGGCCUCGGCGUCAACGUCGGCGAGUCCUCCGACUCCUCCUCGACAGCCCCCUUCGGUACUGACGACGGCUCUUACUCCUCUUCAUCGUAUGCCGUCGUCUCGGACUCGCCUGUCAACGUAGAUUUCAACAUCUAUGAUCGCGCCUACGAGGAGGAACUGCAGCGCAUUCUCACCAACCCCCUCCGGAGAUCGAGCUCGGUGUACAUGAAUAAUCAUGUACGGGAGAAGGAGCAGAUUCGGGGCGUCGACAAGGUGCUCGAAGGGGAGACUCCCGAGGGCCAGGGGCCUAGGGGACGGUAUCCGAGACGGGGGAGGAGGAGUGGAGAUCCAGCGACGGAGGGCACGAGAUAG